AAAGUUAUCAAGGUGUAUUGUGCUUAAUAUAAGCGGACCGCUGCAACGGACUCGCGUGAUCGCCAGUGUGUGUGCGUGUGUGCGCACGCGCGCGCGCGCGCGCUCGCUGUACAGUACUUGCUACUUGGCGCGCGUUGCAGCGCGCUGACUGUUCCAAGGAGUUCCAAGUUCCGAGCGAUAGUCUGACACGAGUGUGUUCGCGUGGUACGUGGCUGUCGCAUAUACUCUCGUAUAGCGUAUCGAGCAUAUAUAUACGCGACCUAUUCGGAGUGAUCGGCACGGCGAUCGAUCGUUCGACCGUUCGACCGUUCACCGUGUCCCGUGUGUUGAGUCAGUCGAGUGUCGAGACUGUCGAGAGCGAGCUCAGUGAGCCCGAAAUCCGAAGCAGUCGGAGGAUCAGUGGCCGUGCGCUGUCGACGCUACACGAUCGCGUUAAUCGAUCUCCCCGGUCCCAGCCCGGUUCGGCGCGACGAUCACUCGGCUCCGGUCAGCUCCGGUUUACUCACAGUUAAAUUAAUUCAUUCUCGCAGAUCGGUCAGCACGCGUCUAUGCCUGAGAGCGUACUUGUGAACGUAUGAACGAUGCUUGCUCCGUGCGACGUAUCACUCAGUGCUUUCUAUACAUAUAUAGUAUAGAAUCUAGUUCGAUGAUGAUGAUGAUGAUGAUGAUGCUGAUGAUGAUGAUGAUGACGAUGAUCGAUGUUUGAUCGAAGAGGACGGGGAGCAAUAUUAUAUAUGAUGCGACGGCGGCUACAAUGAAUGUUCCGAUCGUGGCAGGGGACGUCGUCGACGAUGGCGGCUUCGAUCGGCCGCGAUUCGUUCGGGGUUCGGAUCCGAGGGUAGCGACCUGCAGAGGAAAACUGCAGAACAAGCGAAGUAAACUCAAUCAAGAGAUCAACAAGGAACUACGGUUGCGAGCGGGCGCUGAGAAUCUUUUUAAGGCGACGACCAACAGAAAAUUGAAAGAGACCGUCGCAUUGGAGUUAAGCUUUGUCAACUCGAAUCUGCAGUUGUUGAAGGAACAGCUUGCCGAAUUGAACAGUUCAGUGGAACUGUAUCAAAAUGUCGAUGGCGCUGAGCCCGUUAUGCCGAUGAUACCAUUGGGACUCAAAGAGACCAAAGACAUUGACUUUCGAGAUCCGUUUAAAGAUUUCAUCUUGGAGCAUUAUAGCGAAGACGGGGAAAACUAUGAAGAAGCUAUAGCUGAUUUGAUGGAAACCAGACAGGCUACAAGGACACCGACCAGAGAUUCAGCAGGCAUCGCGUUACUCCUGCGUUAUUAUAAUCAGCUUUAUUUCAUAGAGAGACGUUUCUUUCCACCUGACAGAAGUCUUGGCAUCUAUUUUGAAUGGUUCGAUUCGUUGACAGGAGUGCCGAGUUGUCAACGAACAGUUGCCUUCGAGAAAGCAUCCAUUCUUUUUAAUGCCGGUGCGCUUUAUACGCAACUGGCUGCCAAGCAGGAUCGUCUGACGGCUCGAGGACUCGACCAAGCAGUCGACGCUUUUCUCAGAGCGGCUGGCACUUUUCGGUAUAUUCAUGAGAAUUUCACAAAUGCACCAAGUAUGGAUUUGGGUCCAGAUAUGCUGGAGAUGCUGGUACAGUUGAUGCUUGCUCAGGCAAGGGAGUGUCUCUUUGAAAAACUGGAACUUCAAUCGAAGGACAGCAGAAACGUCGAUGUUUGUUUAGAUCUUGCUCAAGAGGCAGCUCAGGUUGCAGCGAUAUAUAAUGAUGUCCACGGAUUGAUAUCACGCGAGCCAGUUCGUGAUUACGUCCCGGAGACGUGGAUUUCGUUGAUACUAGUGAAGCGCGAACACCAUCUUGCCCUCGCUCACAAGCAUAUCGCUGUUGGUCUGCUGGACAGACCAAUUGCUGAAUUUCGCGUGGAAACAAAGCUCACGUUGGAGCAUAUUCAAAAGAGCGAUGGGAAAACUCAAUUGGACGCAACUAUUCCCAGAGAUGACAACGAAAGGAAAUUAUUAGGCAAAGCACAUCUCAGAGAAGCUCUUGUUUUGCAUGACGAGAGUCAACGGCUUCAGAGAAUGUGCCGCGAGCUGAAGGGUAAACAAGCUCUAGCGAAGGUUCUGAAGAAAGCUCAAGAAGCAACGCUUGAAAGCUAUAAUAGAUUUGGUAAUGAAGAUGAUUUUCGAGAACUUUUGGAUCCACCGGAUAUUAUCGCCUCGACAAAAUUUCAACUUAGUAUCACUCAUCCCGAUUUUGGGCAGCACGGAGUGGACGACCUUUUCAAGUCGUUGGGACCUGUAGCGAUAUUUUCUGCCAAACGUCAUUGGACAGCACCGCGAUUGAUACAACUUCAAAGAGGCCCUGACGGCGAAGGUUUUGGAUUUAGUGUACGGGGUGAUGCUCCGGUGAUAGUAGCAGCCGUCGAUCACAAUUCACUAGCGGAUGUGGGCGGAAUGAAGGAAGGUGAUUUCAUAGUCGGCAUCGGCGAAAAAGAUGUUAAGUGGGCAUCCCACGAGCAAGUCGUGCGGAUGAUAAAACAAUGCGGUGACUUUAUAAAUUUGAAAUUAGUCACCCCAAUGGAUAGGAAUUAUCUAAAGAAACCAGGAAAACCCAACAAUCACGAUAAGGGCAGCGUCUCGGCGAGCAGCUCUUCUGGAGUUUCUUCCGGACAACCAAGCCCGGCGGGAUCCGUCACUACAGCGCACGUAGUGAGAAGGCUUCCGUGGAAUCCAUUUAAAAAAUCUGGCAUCCAUCGCGAGAACAGAGAUUUAACCUUUGACAAUGUUAUUCUCAGAUGAUUAUCGGAUUAGAGAUCGUUCGGUCCAAUUAUCGUACAUUAUUGUAUGAGCUUAGAACAUGCUGCGAUGAAUUGAUCGAAAUAAAAAUUAAUCAAAAUUCACCGAUUGCCAAAAUUGAAUGUUGUUUGGUAUACAUAACAAUUCACUAUGUCAAAAUUUCAUAUUAA